CGACAGGAUAAAACCUUCAAGUCUCUGCUUGAUCCGAACCGAAUCUCUUGUAAAACGUUAUGGCCUCCAUUUCAUGGAUUGUUACUAUCGUACUACCCCUUCCAUAAACAACUGUCAACUAAAUUUCUCCAUGUCUCACAGACAUUUGUGGUACUUAAAAAAUUUAUUACUCCGUCCUCUUCCACGAUUUUUCCAAGUAAAAAUGUGAAUCAGGUGUGCAAUUUCGUGGUGAACCGGCUGUAUGCGGUGAUAAGUUCCUCGGUCUCCUUCUGGAUCCCCGGUGUCGUGAUGAUCGUGAUGUACUGCAAGAUCUACAAAGAGGCUGUGCGCCAAAGGGAGGCACUGAGCCGUGCCUCGAGCAAUACCGUCCUAAACAGUGUUCACUUACAUCGGUCGUCCACUUCGAGGCAUCAUUCCAGAGCGUCCCAUCAGCUGUUGCUGCACCCAAGCGACGCCAGCGACUUCGGCAGGCCCGUAUCGUACAGAGCCCCCUCAGAGCUCAACGUGGAGAACGGUGAGUGACCGUGGAAACGUGAAAAGCUUGUUAUACUUUCUACGAUUCCGUGAACAAAUAUUUAUUAUACUAAGUGCAGGUUUCUUCCAUAAUAAAAAAAGACUCUUACAUUCUAUUGAAUUAUUAUAGUAGCAAUUAAUAUAAUUGCUUUUUUAAUAGCCUUUCUAAUUGCUGUUGAUAAGAUAUGCAAUUGAAGGCUAAUGUUUGGGAGAUACAUAAGUAAUACCACGUAGUUGAGUUCACAUUAUUUGUUAUAUACACAGAACAAAUUUUACUGGUUUUCCAUUCUGGAAA